AUGGCAAGUACAGUAAUUGCAUACAUUAUAUGGUUAUUCCUUGGCUGGGCCGGACUCCAUCAUCUAUAUCUGGGUAGAGUAAACCAGGCCAUAGUUUGGUUUGCUACCUUUGGUGGAUGUGGUGUUGGUUUGAUCCGAGACUUUUGGAAAAUUCCAGAAUAUGUCAGGUGGUGCAAUGGUGACGUUUCACUUCAGAGGAAACAUUUACAAAGAACUAUAAUGAAGCCCAGACCAGGCUGCAGCACGUUUCGAUUUGUAGGCAUGCUUGUUAUGGGACUUAUUGCUGCCACUGUUUUCAGUGCAUUGGUGCCAGAUUUUUCUCAAAUGUCAAUGACACAUCCAUUUACUUACCUAAUUCUCCGGUGUACUUAUGUGGCACUACUUAUGCUUGGAAAUGGUCUAGGUGUCUAUCUUGUUGCUAAUAUAGGUGAGCUGCAGUGUGCUAAAUGGUACCCAUUUGUGGCAUCAGUUGGCAUUACGCCGUGGCUGCUGGACAAGCAUCCGAAUCUACUUACAGCCUGUUUCUUCACCGCCUUAAUCACAUGGUACAAAGGUUUACGGUGGAAGCCUUUGCCGGUGGAAAUGGAGGGAACAUAUACAAAUAAAAAAUUCUGGAAAAAUGUAGCCAUCUAUUGUGUCGCCUGCACUGUGUGGUUGUCAGUAUUGUUCGCAGGGUUGUAUUUCAAUGCAACAAUAACAGUAGAAGGUGGAGAGAAAAUCCCUGUACGGGAGGCUCUCGGCAACUUCUUUCGCUCGGAUGCUUGGAAGAGAACAAAAGAAUCCUUGUGGCAUCUGUUGACUAUCUUGUGGCGUGAAGGCGUGUGGCAUGCUUGGAGUGACACUAGAAGAGUCUUUGACUUCUCUGGAGAAAUCAGUGCUUUUAAGGUGCUUCGUUUGCCUACUGGUGCCACCCAAGAGGAGAUUUUAAAACAGUGUCGUAAGUUAUCUGCUGAACAUCAUCCCGAUCGUUUCAAGACACCGGAGGAAAAGGAACUUGCUCAGGAGAAGUUCAUAGAGAUCCAGAAAGCCUGCACUUCACUGUCCUCAAGACAAGCAAAGAGAGCAAGAUCCAACACAAAGUCAACAGACAAUUCUGACUUGUAA